AUGAAUUUUUUAUCUAUUAACGCUUGUGGUAUUGGGGGGACUGGUAAAGCCGAUUGGAUCAAGGGUCUUAAACAGGAACACGACAUCGAUUUUUUGUUGAUUCAAGAAACUAAAAAAGAUGAUAUUUCUAGAGUUAGUAUUUCUAAUUUUUGGGGAAAUAAGGAAUUUAAUAUGGAAUUUGCCAGUUCGGUUGGCAUGUCAGGAGGGUUAUUGUGUAUUUGGGAUCCGGUGUUGUUCGAAGCAUCUUCUUAUGUUAAGAAAAACAAAUUUUUGAUUGUGUCGGGUAAAAUCAAGGGGAGCGGGUUGAUUCUGAAUGUAGUUAAUGUUUAUGCCCCUCAAUCAGUGUCAGCGAAGAAGGACGUAUGGUUCGAGUUAUCGAAUUGUCUGGAAGAUCUCCCUGGUAUGUGGGUUGUGGGUGGAGAUUUCAAUGCGGUCAGGGACCCUAAUGAGAGGAGAAAUUCCAGAUUUAAUAAUUCUUGUGCAGCUAAUUUUAAUAGUUUUAUCUUCAACUCGGGGCUCCGCAAAUAUGACCUGAAAGGUUGUAGGCCCCUUCCGGUUAGUUUCUCGGAUCAUGGUCCUAUUUUACUCAUCACCCAAAUGAAGAAUUUUGGAGCUAAACCUUUUAGAGUAUUUAAUUCUUGGUUGGAAAAAGAAGGAUAUAAGGAGGCGGUGGAAAACUCUUUGGAGGGAUUUAACAUCUCGGGCCCGCCUGAUUAUGUUUUAAUUCAAAAAUUUGCGGCUGUUAGAAAAGGGAUAAAGGAGUGGAGAGAUGAAAUGAAAAAGAAAGAAGGGGAGAUUUCUAGUAGAGCGUUGGAAGAAUUGGAGGAUUUGGAGUAG